UCCCCAGCAUCCCCAGGACAUACCACGCUCUUCCCCUGCCCAAAUAGACGACGGCCCCGCCAUCGCCAUCGCCAUCGCCAUCGCCUUUCGCCAUCCCACCCAUCUCAUCGACAGCGCGAUCAGAGUGGUGGUUAUCCACCGCCACGCGACCAACCUGAAUCCCAGUACCCUCCUCCUCCGGGCGAAGAAGACGAUAGGGCUAGGGCAUACCAUCAGCGAGUUCCUUCUAAUAGUGUCACUCUCCCAUCAAUCUCUCCUUACGAUCCUCAAUACGCUCAACAAAAUGGAUACCCUCCCGACCCGCGAGCAUACCAACAAGAUCCGUACAGAGCUCCACCGGGACCUUACAGAGACGACCGAGCCUACCAGCAAGAUUAUGGCAGAGGCGGGCCACAACAUAUGGCUUUCAGCCAGUCAGCACCCAGACAAAGAACAGCAAUUGCAUGCAGAUAUUGCAGAAGACGCAAGAUUCGCUGCUCAGGAUUCGAUCAAAAUCCAGAAGGACGUUGUUCCAACUGCCAACGAUUCCAACAAGAGUGUAUCUUCACUCCCGUUUCGUCCCAAGCUCAGGCUUUCGUCCCAGCUCAUGCCGUCUAUCCUGGCAUGCGAAAUAUGGGUGUCGGCCCAGAUGGUCGUCCUCGUCCGAUGAUGUAUCCCCAAACCCAACUGUAUGGAGCGCACGGCCAACCUUUGGGUCCUCCAAUCAAUCAGCAAGGCUCCCCAUACGACUACCCUGCACCUUCUCCUACCGGAUCCUACAGCUCGUUUUCUGAGGACCGCGGCUCAGCACCUCCGGCACAAGAUCAAUCUCGGAAACGACCCCAACAAGACCCUCAUACUUCUAUUCUUCCCCCGCCGAUGCCAGGUCAG